AGACAAAGGAGGCCUAAGCAGUUAAUACAUCGGCCAUUGGCCCUGUUUUAAUCACCACAUAUUCGCCUGGCUGGUAUUGUUUUUGACACAUGAAUACCCUGUCCAUGAAGGAUCCACAUUGAAUGACAGUCAAAUCAAGUAAAAGGGCUGUCACCAUCUACGUGUGAAAUUAAUCGACAUGUGUGUGGUCCGCCACCAUCAGGAUUAGAAGUGCUGCUUAUCUUUUGACUCUUGUCCUCCCCCAAAUUGAAGUGAAUAUAAUUCGCCGCCAUGUUUUCGUCCGCUUUAAAGUCAUUCAGUUCCAACAUAACUUCUCAUUAUCAGAUUUCUCCCGAGCCAGUUUUUGUCACUGGUCCGUGGAAGGUCCAUGAUGGCAAGAAAAAGUCAACUGACAGUUCUGCCUCUAUAUUCAUAUUUGACCGAAAACUAUUGGACCCCAAGUCGGGCGGCUUUGGCAGCCGAUCUAGUUCCUCGUCACUCAAAAAGGUCCACGAUGAAGUGGUAGAAAGACUCAAAAGAGAGGUGAGCAGCCUCACACGUCUGCGCCACCCUUCUAUUCUUCAAGUGAUCGAGCCUGUCGAGGAAUCUCGUAGUGGAGGCUUGAUGUUCGCUACUGAGCCUAUAACUGCCUCUCUCGCGGGUCUGCUGCGAGAAAAAGACGCACAAGAAGGGGGCUCAAGAUCUAGUCGCUUCAUGGUGGAGUCUGCAGAUGGAACGAGAAGACGACGAGAAGUGGAAAUUGACGAGCUCGAGAUCCAGAAAGGACUCCUUCAAAUCGCAAAGGGGCUUGAGUUUUUACACGAGUCUGCGAGCUUGGUUCAUGGUAAUCUCAAUCCCGAAGCUAUUUAUAUCAACGCCAAAUCAGACUGGAAAAUCGCGGGAUUGUCAUUUGCUGGACCGCCCGACGGCUCAACAGCACAAUCUUCUCUUUCACCACUUGCGCUUUCAGAGGUCCUCUACCAGGAUGCCCGGAUUCCUGCUUCUGUCCAGUUAAACUUGGACUAUACAUCACCCGAUUUUAUCAUGGAUUCAAAUGUGACAACAGCCGCCGAUCUAUUUUCUUUGGGGCUGAUCAUUGUCGCUAUUUACAACUCUCCACCUGUGUCUCCUCUUCAGACACAUUCUAACAUUGCCACAUAUAAAAAGCUCCUUAGCGCUCCUUCAACCACCCCUUCUCAAAGUAAUAGCUUUCUUUGCUCACGGCCUAUCCCGAAGGACCUUCUUUCUCACGUUCUCCCCCGACUCAUUACCAGGCGACCUGCUCAGCGAUUAAACGCACGUGAAUUCCAGCAAUCCCCAUACUUUGAUAAUAUUCUAGUGUCUACCAUUCGAUUUUUGGAAUCCUUACCCGCCAAAACUCAGAAUGAGAAAUCACAAUUUAUGCGUGGCAUGCAGCGCGUUAUUCCUGAAUUCCCUGCAUCUGUUCUUGAGAAGAAAGUGCUCGGAGCUCUUUUAGAGGAAACUAAGGAUCGUGAUCUGCUGUCGCCCAUCUUGCAGAAUGUUUUCCAUGUCUUGAAAAAACUCCCAAAUGGCCGCCGUGUUUGCCCUGAAAUGAUUAUUCCAAAACUUAAAGAGAUAUUUCUCGGAAGUGGCAACAAAAGUGCGUCGCAAGAAAGGGACAGCAAUAGGGAUGCUGGCCUUAUGGUCGUUCUUGAAAAUAUGAAUAUUAUAGCGGAUAAUUGCUCAGGAAAAGAAUUCAAAGAAGAUAUUCUUCCCAUUGUCCAACUGGGUAUGGAGUCUUCCACGCAUUCUUUGAACGAUGCAGCUAUGAAAUGCCUCCCUGUCAUGCUUCCAGUUCUCGACUUUAGCACCGUCAAGAAUGAUAUUUUCCCCCCUAUUGCUUCAACAUUCAGUAAGACCAACAGUCUUGCUAUCAAAAUCCGUGGCCUAGAAGCAUUUGUUGUACUCUGUGGAGGCUCAGCCGGGAAAGCCGUAGAACAGGAGAACGACUUGUCAGGUGUAAUUGAGAGCAAACAGACGAGCAGGACAACACCCACUUCUAUACUCGACAAAUAUACUGUACAAGAAAAGUUAAUUCCGCUUUUGAAAGCCAUCAAGACCAAGGAACCAGGAGUCAUGAUGGCAGCUUUGAACGUUUUUCGCCAGGUUGGAGGAAUUGUCGACACCGAAUUUAUUGCUAUGGAAGUGCUUCCCAUACUGUGGGCAUUUAGUCUAGGACCCCUGCUAAACCUACAGCAAUUCGAACAAUUCAUGGCAUUGAUAAAAUCUCUUUCAACAAAGGUCGAACGAGAGCAUAUGCGGAAACUUCAAGAGCUUUCGUCUAGAGGUGAAUCUGCAACCCCUCGCCAAUCUAUGUCGGGCACCCUUGGAAGUAGCCAAGUUUCUGGUGUAAAUGAGACGUCAAAUGAUUUCGAAAGACUUGUUCUAGGUCGCGGUGGGAGCAACGGCACCAACACAAACGGAAAUAAUGAUUGGGAUAACUGGAACACCGAGCCUGUAACUACAAAGUCGACAAACCCAGUAACCUCACCGACAUUUUCAUGGACAUCCAAUUCAUUGCAGCCAACCAACAGAGCAAGUGCCAUUGGUAUAUCGAGCGCUUUCUCAUCAGCAGGACCGACUUCUAGAUCUAUAACCCCCGAUUCCAGUAUUAGUGCUUUUGCUUCUCUUGAACCAAACCGGCAGGUAUCUUCUAGGAGCUCCGAGUUCCCUACCUUGCAACCGUCAACCUCAAGUUGGAACCAGUCACAGCCAGCAAACCGUUCUUCACUUUCGAGCUGGGGAGGCCCAUCUCCGUCUUCUACUGGUUUGAGCAACCAGGCGUCUUCUUCUUACGGACAGACUGCCCAACCAGCAGUACCCAACUACUCAUCCUUUUCAAUUGCCCCCCCUCCUUCUAUAGGCCAACCUCAGCAAUCGCAACAACCAGCCCAGUCAAACCCAUGGGCUUCAGCUGCACCAGCACCACCGCCAAGUUCUGCACAAACCCAACCAGCUGGGCAGCAAAGUCAGGGUCUGGAUAAAUACGCGAGCCUGUUAUAAUAGGCACUUUCAUUGUAACUACACUGUAUAUGAAUAUAUCAUAUUCUACCGAAUCUACUAAGCAGUUAAUCAAAUACAUAGCCAAUUAAAAAGAUCUAUUGUGUAGUC